CCAAUGGACGUAUACUUGGAAGUAAGCACCAUCGAGUUCAGUGGAGACUUCCUUCCAUGUAUAAAAUGUCCAUAGGCUUACUAACUCGGGUCUUCUUUCUUAAGGCGGUGGGCUUUUUUUUAAACAAUAGUUUUAAACGAAUAUAUUUAUUUGACAUGAUUAUAAUAAUCAAAUCUCAUCCCCCCCCCAAUAUGGAGCUGCUUUUUUGCGGGAGGGGGGAGAUCACAGAACUGUAGAGUUGGAAGGGAUUCCUAAGAGUCAUCUAGUCCAACCCCUUUGCAAUACAGGAAUCUCAACAUGCUGCCAUCCAAUUCGAAACCAUACCGGACUCUGCUUAGCUUUUGCAAACGUGCUAGCAGUGUUUUUUUUAUUGCUGGUGGAGGGCAGGCAGCUAUCUCGUCACAAUUCCGCUAGAACUGAGGGUUUCUCCAUUUGCUUUGCUCAUUUGGGCAGCUCCCGCUUUAUCCAGUAGAAAAGGAUGAAUGGAAGUGGGUGGGUUCCAGUACGAACUCGGAAAGUCGUUAUGCGAGGGUAGCUUGGGCUCCUCUACACCCCCCCCACGCCAUAUCUCUUGCCUCUAAAACAAGAGUGACUGACGGCACAUCCUUUCCCCUCAUUCGCCCCGCCCCCCUCGCGCCCCCAUUGGUGCUUGGGUUGAAAUUCUCGCGCGCGCGAGGGAGGCGGUUAGGCGGGGAGGAAAAAAGCGCGGGCUUUUCUUAUUCAUUCUCCUCAGGAGUAACCGCCUCUCCUUAUCUCCGUUUCUCCCGCCUUUUUGUGUGUUUCUCUCUCUUUCGCGCGCCCAACAUGCCUUGUUCUGAAGCGGACCUCGCCUCUUCCCCCAGCAAGAGGCCAAAGGUCUCCGGCUGCGAGGCUCCCGGCGAGAAACUCCGCUUCUCCAAGCUGUCGGAAAACGCGUCCGCUCCUUCCAAGGGCUCCUCCCGGGCUGCGGGCUAUGACUUGUACAGUGCAUAUGACAUUGAAAUCCCUGCCUCAGGGAAGGCUGUAGUGAAAACAGACAUUCAGAUUGCCCUUCCUUCUGGAUGUUAUGGUCGAGUAGCUCCUCGCUCUGGUUUAGCCGCAAACCACUUCAUAGAUGUUGGCGCUGGGGUUAUUGAUGAGGAUUACAGAGGAAAUGUUGGUGUUGUACUAUUUAACUUUGGAAAGGAACCUUUUAAAGUUAAAAAGGGGGAUAGGAUUGCCCAGCUGAUCUGUGAGCGCAUCUACUAUCCUGAGCUUGAAGAAGUCCAGGUUUUGGAUGAAACAGAACGUGGCUCAGGAGGUUUUGGAUCAACUGGCCAGAAAUAAGGAUAGCUGUUACUUGUAGUAAAUGAUUUCAUUUCCCUUGUUUUUGUAUAGAGCAUUUUUGUAUAAAUAAAACUUCUUUUGGUAGA